AUGUCACUUGUCUGGUCCCUUCUCCUUUCAACUCUGUUUAUUGGGUUUCUGCUCGAAGAGCAUCUCACACUCGGGUCCAGUUUACUGCUAGGGGAAGUUGAUGUUACGAGGUGCAGGGAGAAUGAGAGACAAGCGCUCCUAAUCUUCAAACGAAGCCUGGUGGAUGACUCCGGUAUUCUCUCUUCAUGGGGAAAUGGCGAUGACAGAAAAGAUUGCUGCAUAUGGAGAGGGGUUGUUUGCAGUAACCGAACUGGUCAUGUUCUAAUGCUGAAUCUUCAACCUACAUAUGGAUAUCUAGGAGGUACGAUUAGUCCUUCGUUGCUUGACUUGUCCCAUUUGAAUUACCUGGAUCUUAGUUUCAAUACUUUUAAUGGAAGCAACAUUCCUGAGUUCAUUGGUUCUCUCAGAAACUUGAGAUACCUUGGUCUUUCUCAUGCUGCUUUCAGUGGACCAAUUCCUUAUCAGCUUGGAAACCUUUCCAGGCUGCUAUCACUUGACCUCAGUGGAAAUGAUUUGUACAGUGGCAGAAAUCUUAACUGGCUUUCUCAUCUGUCUUCUUUGAAAAACCUUGACCUCAGUUUCAGUAACCUUAGUAAGGCCAAUGAUUGGGUUCAGGUAGUCAACAAACUUCCUUACCUUGAAAGCUUGAGUUUGCAAUCUUGUAAUCUUCCAAAUAUCAUUUCCCCAUCUCUUUCUCUUGUCAAUUCCUCUACAGCUCUCACCAGUCUUGAGCUUUUUGGUAACAAUCUCACUUCACCCGUAAUAUACCCAUGGUUGUUUAACGUUAGUAGCAACCUUGUUUAUCUUGAUCUCUCAUUGAACCAGUUGAAAGGUUCAAUUCCAGAAGCUUUUGGAAACAUGAGUGCUCUCAAACAACUCAGCCUCUUCAGCAAUCAGCUUGAAGGCGGGAUUCCUAAAUCUUUCAGGAAUAUGUUUAGUUUAGAAUCACUACUUCUCCAUCAUAACAGUCUUAGCGGAGACUUCACUGAAUAUACACAAAACCUAUCUGGAUGCACAGAGCAUUCACUGAAGAUUUUGGUAUUAGAUAAUAAUCAAAUCACAGGGUCAAUACCUGAUCAAAUGGCAAGAUUCUCAUUAUUAACAGACUUAUCACUUGGAAACAACCGUUUACAUGGGACCAUAAGUGAAGGCAUUGGUCACCUUUCUGAGCUUGAGAUUUUGGACCUUCAUGGGAAUUCUCUCAAAGCAACAAUUGGGUUUUUUCCUUUCCGACUGAGUUUCAUUCGUCUUGGUUCUUGCAAGUCAGGGCCCCGUUUCCCAAAAUGGAUUCAGUCUCAAAAUAAUUUUGCUGAGCUUGACAUUUCGGCUGCCGAAAUUUCAGAUACCAUUCCCCUCUGGUUCUGGGACCUAUCACCUUCGUUACGUUACUUGAAUCUCUCUUACAACCAGAUAAGUGGUAUUCUUCCAGAUUUGUCAUUAAAGUUUGUUAGUUUCCCAGGGCUAGAUUUAAGGUCUAAUCUUUUAGACGGUCCAUUGCCACUAUUCCCUUCUAAAUUAACGUCCUUAAAUCUUUCCAAAAAUAGGUUUUCGGGAUCAAUUUCUUCUCUCUGCAGAAUUACAGGUGAAGCUUUGCAAUUUCUUGACCUCUCAGAAAACCUAUUAUCUGGAACGGUGCCCAAUUGUUUUCAGCAAUGGCCGUAUCUACAGGUCUUGAACUUGGCUAACAACAACUUUUCAGGCCGACUUCCAAGCUCCAUUGGAUCUCUAGUUUCACUUGUAAUGUUCAAUUUGCAUAACAACAGCUUCUCUGGGGAAUUGCCUUCCUCGUUAAAUAAUUGUACAGAGGUGAAAUUCAUGGAUCUAAGUGAUAACAGAUUAUCUGGAGAAAUACCAGCAUGGAUGGGACAGAGCCUAACGUCAUUGGUUUUUCUAAGCCUCCAGGCGAAUAAAUUCAAUGGAAGCACCCCCUACCAUCUUUGUCAAUUGGCAUAUAUUCAAAUCCUGGACCUCUCUCGAAACAAACUCUCCGGUGGUAUUCCAGAAUGCAUCAAUAGUCUUACUUCCAUGGCUCGUAAGGGAAAUUUAAGUACCACGAUUCAGCAAAAUUAUGUAUAUGGUGAUCCUCAGUUUGGAGAUAUAGGACCCUAUAUUGACAAAGCAUUGCUUGUAUGGAAAGGAAGGGAGUACGAGUACACAAAAAAUCUUGGAUUGUUAAUAGUCAUUGAUCUCUCUAGUAAUGAACUGUCAGGAGAGAUUCCAGGAGAAAUAGCACGUCUUUCAGGUUUGGUCGCAUUGAACUUAUCAUGGAACAUCUUGACAGGUGUGAUCCCUCAAAAGAUUGGUCAGUUGAGACAGUUAGAAGUCCUAGAUUUGUCUAGAAACCGACUGUCAGGUGAAAUUCCAACUAGCCUGGCAGAGUUGACAUUUCUGAGUCACUUGGACCUGUCUUACAAUAAUUUGUCAGGGAAAAUUCCUUUGAGCACUCAAUUGCAAAACUUUGAUGCCUCAGCAUUUGCCAAUAAUCUUGCACUCUGUGGACCUCCAGUUUCGUCAAGUUGCUCAGCGGCUGAAACGCAACAACUUCAACCAAGAAACAUUAAUCAAGAAGAUGAAGAUGAGUUAGGAAAAUGGUUUUUGGCUGGCAUGGGAGUUGGAUUUGUAGUAAGUUUUGGGGGACUCUGUAGUGCUUUACUGUUAAAGCAUUCGUGGAGACUUGCGUACUUUCAUUUAUUGGACAACUUGAUGGAUUGGCUUAACGUUAGAUUUGGAGCGCAAAAGCCAAGAUCAAAGAGGAAAAUACAAAGCUUGGAGCUACCUUAACACUCUUCCAAUAAUGUCAGCAAGAUGAGAAUGUUUAUGAAAAUCCUCUCUUUGUGUUCUUUUCUGUUUUUUCCACCUCUUACGAAAACUCUUCUGUUGUCCGGUGUUGUUAAAUGCUGCCCUUAACCUUAUUAAAUAUCAAAUGA